UUGUUUCCCUAUACAGAAGAGUCAGAAUCGAACUCUCGUUUUCUGAUCUUUUGGGUUCUUUCGGGCCAAAUACAGACAAUCCUUUAUUAGAUCCUCCUGUAUUUCUCAUCAACCCUACAAAAAGCCAAUCAUUUACUGCACGAAUGGAUCCGCAAGGGCAUGAACAGCAGCAUGUCACGGGUGUUGUUGGUAGUACAGCUCAACAUGCGUAUGGAACAACAUAUGAGCCAAACCAACUGACUGGGCCUCCUAAUCGUGGAUCAGUUGGGGCCAUGCUACCUACCAGUCAGCCAGCUGGAGCUCAGCUUGCACAGCAGCAGCUCGCCUAUCAGCAUAUCCACCAGCAGCAGCAACAAUUGCAUCAACAACACCAGUCAUUUUGGGCAAAUCAAUACCAAGAAAUUGAGAAAGUAACCGACUUUAAGAACCAUAGCCUUCCCCUGGCAAGGAUUAAGAAGAUCAUGAAGGCUGAUGAGGAUGUGAGAAUGAUAUCAGCCGAGGCACCAAUUGUAUUUGCCAGGGCAUGCGAGAUGUUCAUCUUAGAAUUGACUUUGCGGUCCUGGAAUCACACUGAGGAGAACAAGAGGAGGACUCUUCAGAAGAAUGACAUAGCAGCAGCAAUCACAAGGACUGAUAUCUUUGAUUUUUUGGUUGACAUAGUGCCAAGGGAGGAUCUGAAAGAUGAAGCACUUGCAUCAGCGCCAACGGGUACAGUCCCUGUUGGAGGGCCUUCUGAUGCAUUUCCUUACUAUUACAUGCCAGCUCAGCAUUCACCACAGGCUGGAAAUCCUGGGAUGAUAAUGAACAAGCCAAUUAUGGAUCCUGCUUUGUAUGGACAGCAGCCUCAUCCCUACAUGGCACCACCUAUGUGGCCACAGGCGCCACAGCAACCACAAUCACCUUCAGACUCUUAGCUGAUGAAGAAAACUACUUCCAUAAAAGUGGGGGAAAGGACCUUCAGUGCUUAAAAUGCAAAAAUGCUAUCAGCUGAUUAUGGUAAAGCUUGCUCAAAUAGGAUUGCAGAUCUUUCUUGUUUUUUUAUUUCGGUUUUUUGUGUUUUGGUUGCCAAGCAGAUAUCAGAUUAUUGAUCACUCUCUCUCUCUCUCCUGUUUUGUUUCUUUCAAGUGUAGUUAGAUACUGUUCCUAACUGUACUACUGCCAAUUGAAAACAAAACCAAGUUGUAAUAUGCUGUAGUUGUAGCCAUCGCCCCUAUUUCGUAAGUGUCCUGUGGUUUAUAAUAGCAGUUAUUCGAAUUUUCUGGACUCUUGGUGGUUUUUGGGCAGCGCAGAAAUGAGCGUCUGAUGCAUUGAACAGCCCAAGAUUAGGACUCAACCAAAUUUUUGUAAACUUGCAAUUAUUCAAGCAGUGAUACUGGUCACUGCUGUGGUGGUG